UACCCACUAAGAUACCCACAAAUAACCAUGACCCACCCUCUCCGUCCAAUCCUCAUUCCUCCCAAUCAAUAUUUUCUUGGCUCUUCUUUCUCUCCCCAGACACUAGAGUAGAGAUUAUAUGAAUGAUGCUGCUGAUUGUCCUACAACAUGUCUACAGACACCGUACCAUCUGACCCAAACGCGCGAUUAUCUGAAACUCAGGUGCCGCCUUCCACCGCUGAGGAAGCUUCACAGCGCCACAACUGGCCAUCCGAGGGAUAUGGACUUCCUCCCACCACCGACAAGCCACCCUACGGUCCCGUUGAGCCAACGCCCUCACAUAGGGAACCUGUCGCAAAGCCCCUCUCCAAACAUACCACACACCUGCUCACCCUCUCAUACCUAGUUUUCUUCUCCAUCCUCGGCACACUAGCGCGUCUCGGUUUACAAGCUCUGACCAUCUAUCCCGGAGCCCCCGUGGUGACGGGGGUAACAUGGGCCAACGUGGGAGGAUCACUACUGAUGGGCUUCUUCCUCGAAGACAAGAAUCUCUUCCGCGAAGAAUGGGGCGAUACGAACCGGAACAACAACAACGAUGGCACAAGAACCAAUGAAGAAGACCCAGGCGCCGAAGCGAAACGUCACAGGGCCAUCAAGAAGACAAUCCCACUAUACAUCGGCCUAACAACCGGAUUCUGCGGCUGCUUCACCUCCUUCUCGAGCUUCAUCCGCGACAUCUUCCUAGCCCUCUCCAACGAUCUCUCAGACCCCUCAACACCCACCAUAACCUCGCGCAACGGCGGAUACAGCUUCAUGGCCGUGCUCGCCGUCAUCCUAACCACAGUCGCCCUCAGUCUUGGCGCCCUCAUAUUCGGCGCCCAUCUCGCCCUCGCCCUCGGACCACUAACCCCAUCAUUCCCCUUCCGUUUCACGCGCCGAUUCCUCGAUCCCCCCAUUGUCCUCCUCAGCUGGGGAUGCUGGCUAGGCGCCAUCUUCCUCGCAAUCUGGCCCCCAGAUCGCCACAACCACAGCACAGAAGUCUGGCGCGGUCGCGCAGUGUUCGCUAUCGUCUUCACCCCACUCGGCUGCUUUCUGCGCUACUACCUCUCCCUAGCUUUGAACGCCCGGCUGCCCGUUUUCCCACUGGGUACAUUCGCCGUGAACAUCUUAGGCACUGUUAUCCUCGCCAUGUGCUUCGAUUUGCAGCGUGUUGACGGGGUCGGGGCGUCGCCACUUGGGCCCCGAGCUAGUUAUUCGAUUCUCACGAGCUGCCAGGUGCUCGCUGGUGUUAUGGAUGGAUUCUGUGGCUCGGCAACUACGAUCAGUACGUGGGUUGCUGAGUUGAAUGGACUGAGCCGGCGGCGGUAUGCAUAUUUCUAUGGAAUUGUGAGUAUUGGGGUGGCUUUGGGAUUCUUCGUUAUAAUAACAGGUUCCUUACGGUGGACUCGGGGAUUCGGGGAACCCGUUUGUGACUGAAAAGGGUUCAGGCAGUGUUGUAUAGAAGACUAGAAAGAUAAAGCUUGAGGCUAGUUAAUAAUGUAAUGAAUACCCCUGUAGACAACCUAACGGUUUCUGAUACUUGUGUACGACUUCACUAGCUUUUAAUGCGCAACUGGAAAAUCAAACUCCCCGCUCAAACCAAAUUGUAUUUUGUGCUAGAAUUACUUAUAGUACAGGGUACUACAACGCAAAAUCAUGUGCAAGUAAACGAAACGAAUAUCAAAUAAGCAGUGUAAAAAAA